AUGGCGUCCAAGGGUUUACUCAUCGUGUCCGUGCUCCUGCUGGCAUCUGCUUUCCUCGCCACCUCAGGUGAAGAUCAUCAGGCUGAUGACCCGGAGCCAGCGAACACUAGUCCAGGCGGCGGCGGCGGAUCAUCAGGUUACGGCCAAGCAGGCGGAUCUACCGGCUACAACGCCGUCUCAGCCUACUACCCACCGCCAACACCUGCAGGGUGGCCAAACGGUGGCGGCUACUCCUACGGAUCAGUAGGACAGGACGGCAGCUACUCCUACUCGUAUGGAGUACAGUACAUCAAUGGCGAUCCUGCGGGUUGGUCUGGAUGGAACAAUGUGUGGUGGUUCGACCGCCGGUGCCCAUCGGGCGCUUGUUGUGCCCGUGGGUUCAACGGCGAUUGCUUCCGUUGCUGCCAUCCGUGGCCGUAG